AUGAGCUUGGAUCGCCAAAAUGACGCCCAGAAACAUGAGCUGGAAAGCGCUGCAAAGCCUGCCUUGCAAAACUUGUCUCAAUUUCCCACUUCGAAUUCUGUCAAGGAGACUGUCGCAAAGCAAGCUCCGUCGCUAUUGGAUCGGACUCGAAACAACCUCGCGGAGCCAGUGGUGGCUGCUUUCAUGGCCGGUGGAGUCGCCGGUGCAGUUUCCAGGACGAUAGUUUCACCACUGGAACGGUUGAAAAUUCUCCUUCAAAUUCAAAGCGUUGGUCGAACGGAGUACAGGUUGUCAAUUUGGAAGGCCCUCGUGAAGAUGGGCCGUGAAGAAGGUUGGCGGGGCUUCAUGCGAGGGAAUGGAACCAACUGCAUUCGCAUCAUCCCCUAUUCAGCGGUGCAGUUUGGAAGCUAUAACUUUUACAAGAAAUUUGCCGAAUCUCCCGAUGGCGAGAUGACACCCAUGCGUCGGCUUAUUUGUGGAGGUGCUGCAGGGAUCACCUCGGUCACCUUCACCUAUCCUUUGGACAUUGUUCGAACUCGGUUAUCUAUUCAGUCCGCUUCAUUUGCCGACCUUGGAUCACGAGACCCUGGCCAAAAAUUACCUGGCAUGUUCACCACAAUGGUGAUGAUAUAUAAAAACGAGGGUGGGACCAAGGCUUUGUAUCGUGGAAUUGCCCCCACUGUCGCCGGAGUGGCCCCCUACGUGGGGCUCAAUUUCAUGACCUACGAAUCAGUGCGCAAAUAUCUGACACCGGAUGGGGAUAAGAACCCCAGCCCCUAUCGAAAAUUACUAGCUGGCGCGAUCUCUGGAGCAGUCGCUCAGACAUGCACCUAUCCUUUUGACGUGCUCCGCCGACGGUUCCAAAUUAACACAAUGUCGGGAAUGGGGUACCAGUACACCUCCAUUUGGGAUGCUGUCAGGGUGAUUGUUGCCGAGGAAGGGCUACGUGGGUUGUUCAAGGGAAUAGGGCCGAACCUUCUCAAAGUUGCUCCCAGUAUCGACCUGGACCGCCACCAUGUGCGGAGCAGCCACCGCAAGGCUCCCAAGAGCGACAAUGUCUAUUUGCAGGUGUUGGUGAAGCUUUACCGCUUCCUUGCUCGCCGUACCGAGUCCAACUUCAACAAGGCUGUUCUCCGUCGUCUCUUUAUGUCGAGAAUUAACCGCCCCCCUGUUUCGCUCUCGCGUGCCGUCGCGAACAUCAGCGAGGCCCAGAAGGGCAAGACCGUCGUCGUCAUCGGCACCGUUACCGAUGACAACCGCCUCCUGAACGUUCCCAAGCUCUCGAUCGCUGCUCUCCGCUUCACCGCCACCGCUCGCGCUCGCAUUGAGAAGGCUGGUGGUGAGACUUUGACCCUGGACCAGCUUGCUCUCCGCGCUCCCACCGGUGCCAACACCCUCCUCCUCCGUGGACCCAAGAACUCCCGUGAGGCCGUGAAGCACUUCGGCUUCGGUCCCCACACUGACAAGAAGCCCUACGUUGGCAGCAAGGGCCGCAAGUUCGAGCGUGCCCGUGGUCGCAGAAGGUCUAAGGGUUUCAAGGUCUAA